UUGUUGGAGCGUAUGUUGAAGUCUCAACGUGUCACAGUAGGUGAUAUAGAAGAGAUUGAACAGAUGACCAAAAAACAAAAGGAUAUCACAGGUGAAAAUUUAGACAUGCCUGAAAUGAGCAUAGUUGAAAUAGAAGCAGUAGAGAACCUAGUUAAGGAUAUAGGUUCUGAACUUAAACUACUACAGGGAUUCCUACAGGAUAUGGACAACAAGAAAGCCAAGUUAGCACAGGUUCUCUCGAAGGCGGAGAAUCUUCGUAAACGAUCUCAAAGUGAUGACGAGAAACGCACAUUAAGAGAAAAGGCUGACAAGUUACAGGAACACUGGGAUCAAGCUGUAUUAAAGGCACAUCAGAGACAGACAGAGUUAGAUGAUAUGUUACUAGAAUGUCACCAAUUUGAUGCAAUGUAUGCCGAGUUUGACCGCUGGUUAGUGACCGUAGAGGAAGAACUCAGUACCGAUACUCCAGCCAACCUUAACACACGAAGACUCAACAAACAAAACAAGACAUUACAAGCUGAGGUUGAGGACUGGCAGGUUAAAGCUGAUAAUUUGAAACAACUUGCCAACAAGCUGAUAGAGGAGUAUAGAGAAGAUGACACCAGUCUUAUAAAACUACAACUAGAGAAAAUCAUGAACAGAUGGUCUGCUCUACUUAAUAGACUGGCGAACAAUUUGAAGGCAGCAGAAAAGACGGUACAGACACCAGAACAAUUUUACCUGGCGCUGGAAGAAUUCUUUAACUGGAUGGAGGGUACUGACAACAGUUUCACGAGACUGUCGGACGAGACUUGCAAGACGGAAGUUAUACAGAAUAAAGACCUUUGUAAUCUCUACCUUGAAGAGUUUCGGGUAAGUGGACCUUUAACUUUAGUACUGUUAUUUUCCUUACUUAUCAUGAAUGUGGAAGUUUUUCCAUGGCUUCUGGUCAAAUUUGAGCAUGAUAUUGGAUAA